AUGAGUGCUAGAAGGAGAUACCUAAAGGAGGUCAUGUCGGUUAGAGACAAACCUACCUUCAAAGGGAAAGCUGAUAAGCCCGACCUCCCCACGUUAUUUUUUACUGAAGAAGACCUACAAAAGGACGUCACAGGCCACACCGAUGGCUUAGUAAUUAUUGGGAUACUAGUUAAUUGCCAGGUCAAGAGAAUUUUCAUUGAUUCUGGAAACUCAGCCGACAUACUUUUCUGGAAUGCUUUCCAGAAGAUGAACUUAGAUGAGCAAGACUUGAAACCAUGUGUCACUGAGCUGAUUGGUUUCAAUGGAGAACCGUCUCCCCCAAAGGGUUACAUUGACCUAAAGUUAACUUUGGGUACCAAGGAGGCAUUCCGAGCUGGCAGAGUCCGAUUUUUCGUAGUGGAUGCAACCUCAUCUUACAAUGUAAUCACUGACCGACCUACGAUCCAUGAACGGGACAUGAUAGUCUCAUCAAAGCAUCAAGCACUAAAGAUGGUGGGGUCAAAAAAUGAAGUCGUUACCAUAAGAGGAGACUAG